AUGGCACAAGGAAUAUUUGCUCACUUAAAUAAUACUCAAUUAAAAGAAAUAACGAAUAUAAACUUUAAUACCGGUAAUGGUCAACCUUCUCUUUCGGGUGACACGCUUACUAUUUAUCAAUCGUUUAAUAAUAUACAACUGCAAGGUGUAUUAGACUUAGUACCUUUUCCUAAUCUUAGAAAAAUUUUGUUUCAGUACGAUAUUUACUAUAAAAAUUUAGAUAACAUUGACAUUAGUAAAAACGAAAAAUUAUGUAAAAUAACAGUAGCGGCGUCUGGUAGUGCUAGUCCUUUUAAUUAUUUUGUAAAUAAUACAUUUAGUUUGCAAGUUAAAGAAAUGCAAAUUAAUAGAAUAAUUGUAUUUUAUUCUCAGUACUAUACAAAUGCAUGGUACUAUACAGGCAAAUUUUUGAGAGAGCAAGCUUUAAUACCAUAUUUUUUAGUUGAAGAUAAAAAACCAGAACAAUUAGAGGCUGAAAUUGCAAACCUAAAACAAUCUCUUACUCAAAAAGAUCAGACCAUAGCUGAUUUAAAUAAAAAAUUUCAACAAACACCUACACUUAGUCAAUUUCAAGAACUAAAUAACAUAGCUUUACCUUGUACUGAACUUAAUUUUAAUAAUUUAAAACAAGAAAUUAAAAGACUUAAAUUAAAAGAUUUUAAUCCCUAUUUUCGAGAGCAAAAAUAUAACUUUGAGCAAUUAACAAUUACUGCCAAAAAUAAAGCUGGUGAUAAUUUAAAAGCCAUUUUAGAUCUUUUCUUGGAGACUAACAAACAAAUUAUCGAGUCAGAAAAUGUGAGCAAUAAUUCUUUUGCCCAAGGGCAACUACAGGGACAAUUAAUUACUUGUCAGACUCUUUUGAAAACUAAAUUUACUCAAGAAGAACUACAAGACUUGCUAAAUAAGCAAAAAGAUCUUAGCAACGUAGAAAAACAAUCAGCUAUUUUACAAAA